GCUCUCCGGUGCAGGGGCGUGGCGGAAUGUGAUAACAGCCCUAACUACGUAUUUCGACGUAACGUAUCACGUGUGUAAAAAUGGCGGCUUGCAGUGGCAGGUCGUGGGUAGUGAAAUACAACUGUAUAUUCUGACUUUGACUUUCUGUUUGUUUAGUUUCGAGAUUAUUUUUUACGUAUUUUUAAACGCGGUUCGGCUCAAUGACAUGUGGCAGCAUUAGCGGUUGAAUGAGCGGUUUAAACUUGCAGUAGCUGCUGUCAGAAGCAGCUGUGGGCUACUCGAGUGUUUUUAAGUAGGAGAGAAGAUGUUUUCACCUUGUUGGUCACGACUGUCCUGCGUGGCUUUGUCCAGCCGAGGAGGUCUGAGGACGCUGAGUCUGUUCUCCAGCUCUGGAUCCUCAAACUGGAGCAAAGUUGUCUCCGAUGCUGAGAAGAUCGUGGGAUAUCCGACUUCCUUCAUGAGCCUCCGCUGCCUCCUCAGUGAUGAGCUCAGUAACGUUGCCAUGCACCUGAGGAAGUUGGUCGGCACUCAGCACCCUCUCCUCAACACUGCCAGAGGCUUCGUCUAUGACAGUAAGAACAACCUUCAGAUGAGGGGACUGGUUGUCCUGCUGCUGUCUAAAGCCGCAGGGCCAAGCCACGCCGCCUCCGAUCUCCUAGCCCAAGACAUGGUCAGCGGCAUCUACCCCAGUCAGAGGAACCUGGCAGAAAUCACAGAGUUGAUCCAUACAGCCUUCCUGGUGCAUCGUGGGAUUGUUAACUUGAAGGAGUGGACGGACUCAGACGGCCCGCUGAAGGACAUGCAGUUUGGGAAUAAGAUGGCUGUUCUGAGCGGCGACUUUCUGCUGGCCAAUGCUUGCACGGGACUGGCCCAGCUCAACAACACUAAGGUCGUUGAAUUGAUCUCCAGUGCCAUUGGUGAUUUGGUUCAAGGAGUCUAUUAUGAGAAUUCCCACAAUACAGAGGAGAACGGCCUCACCGACGGCAUCGACGUGGCGGCGUGGGAGGAGCAGACGUUCCUGUCUCAUGGGGCGCUGCUAGCCAAGAGCUGUCAAGCUGCGAUGGAGCUCGCCAAACACGACAAAGAGUCUCAAAGACUGGCCUACAAGUACGGCAAACACCUGUCGCUGGGCCACAAGCUGAACUCUGACCUGCAGCCGUUUAUGAAGAGCAGAAUAGGAGAGCCGCUGUCAUUUAGUCUGAGCGCCGCCCCGGUCGUUUUCCACCGUCAAAUUAUGGGCCGGGAGACGUGGCAUCAUCAGCUGCAGCAGGCAAAAACUUUGAGAAACCAGCUGGAUUACUCAAAGCUUUUGGCAGCGGUUAAAUCGGAGAAAGGCGUGAGCACGGCGAUGGACUUGUGCUGUUACCAUGGCAACAAGGCUCUGGAGGCCAUCCAGGCUUUCCCCUCCUCCGAGGCUCGAUCCGCCUUGGAGAACAUCGCCUCUGCCGUCACCAAAUUUUGACCUGGACACACACACACACACACACUCCUGUACAGCCUGGAGGGGUCUUUGUCUGCAGAGGCCAAAGAACGAGAACAGAUUAACUUUGUUUUACUCGAUCCAGAUGCUGAGAAACUGUUCUGCUCUCUGGUCAUCAUUAAAUAAAAAAGUUUUUUUUAAAAACCCCACAUUACUUCAGCAUCAUGUCAUGCGUUUUGUUUUCUCUCAUGCCUGGAGAAAAUAAUCACACCGGGCUGCUGCAGUUUCAAACCUGGCAUUUAUUGUUGCUUUGCUUAUCAGCGAAAGCACAUCCCAGGCAGAACGUAAUUUAAGAUGUUUUGAAGAAUUGUUAUUGUCAUCUGGAAAAUGUACCAUGAACAGGAAAUGAUACACCGAGCGGCACUUAUUUUUUCAAAAAUUACUUUUAAGAAUAGCUUCCUCCUGGUUGCCGCUGCACGGCACAGAUGAUGGUGAAAUCAUAGCUGCUGGAUUUAGUGGGUGUUUGCCAAGUUGAAAAGCGGCACCAAACUGGUUGUAAAAAUGUCUCAAAGUCAUGUUCUACCUGGUGUGUACCACUGCUGAUAAGCACAGCUGCAAAAAAAAUGUAUUUUUUUUUAAUAGCAUUUGGCGUGCUCUUCGCUACAGAGGAGGAACCGGCAUGAAUCAGGGGUAAUGUCAUCUGUGUUGCCUUA